ACAAACAAGGGUAUAAAAUACCCAUAAGAUCCCACACAAAAUGGCAGAACUUUCUGGAUAUAAUGGCAGCGAGGGUUUCCUGUUUACAACUGGUCUGCCCUUCAACUCCACUGGUGACUAUGAGUAUUAUGAAUCUGAGCCAGAUCCCAGCAAGAUCAUUAUUCCCUCCAUAUAUGCACUGGUUUGCUUUGUUGGUGUCACUGGAAAUGCCAUGGUCAUCUUUGUCAUUCUCAAGUACGCCAAAAUGAAAACAGCCACCAACAUUUACAUUCUUAAUCUGGCCAUUGCGGAUGAACUGUUCAUGCUAAGCGUCCCUUUCCUGGCUGCUUCAGCUGCGGUACAUAACUGGCCCUUCGGGUCACUGAUGUGUCGAGUGGUUCUCAGUGUGGAUGGCAUUAAUAUGUUUACAAGCAUCUUCUGCCUAACUGUGCUGAGCGUGGACCGCUACAUUGCUGUGGUACACCCGAUCAAAGCUGCUCGCUAUCGUCGCCCAACCGUUGCCAAAGUGGUCAAUGUCUGUGUGUGGGGACUUUCGUUGCUUGUUAUUCUUCCAAUCAUCAUCUUCGCUGACACGGUUCCAGCUCAGGAUGGUGGAGUGGACUGCAACUUUCUAUGGCCUGAAACAUCAUGGUCAGAGGCGUUUGUGGUUUACACCUUCCUACUCGGUUUUUUAGUUCCUGUGGCAGCCAUCUGCAUGUGCUACUGCUUGAUUGUGGCACGCAUGCGAGCUGUAGGACUUAAAGCAGGCUGGUUGCAGCGCAGGGGCUCUGAGAAGAAGAUCACGCGCAUGGUGCUGCUGGUGGUCGCUGUUUUUGUCCUUUGCUGGAUGCCAUUUUACAUCGUACAGCUGAUCAGCGUUUUCCGAAAGCCGCCAGACCCCAUGGUGACUCAGCUGUUUGUUAUUCUCAGCUAUGCUAACAGUGGCGCCAAUCCGAUUCUCUAUGGAUUUGUCUCAGAUAACUUUCGUCGCUCCUUCCAACGUAUCAUUUGCUUUCGCUGGCUGGAAAAAGGACUAGACGCAGAGCAGGUGGACUACUGCGCUGUGGCACUAAAGCGUCAUACAACCUGUGGACCGCAAAACCUGCCAAAAGAGUGCUUAGCCUCUGACAUGGUUUUUCGAAACGGAACCUGCACCUCCCGUACCACCACUCUAUGAAAGAGUUCAACUGCAGUUAAUGUAUGCAUCCAUGGUGUGUCGCAAGUAUAGAGACAAAAAAUGUAGCUGACUGGUAAAUGAUUGGUCACAUUGACUGGGCGCUCACAACAUAUUUUCAAUAAGAUUUAAUACAAUGGGAGGCUUGAUGCCAAAGACGGAUUAUUCCAAAGUGUUCAUUGUGUCUUUACCUCAGCAUUUACUGUACUUGGUUUGAAAAAAAGAACAUUUGUCAUAGUACUGUAAACUGUUUCAGAGAACUGCUGGAGAUACUACACUGGGGUGUAGUAUCUACGCUGGGAUAGUACCCUAAACGGUACCUUUUUGGGUAUACAACAAAUUGAAAUCUUAUACCCUAAGGACCAAUUUUGUACCAGUUAAAUUUU